CAUUGUGCUACACGCUCAACAUGGUAUGGUUUGUGUAUUUUUUUACAAUAUAGAUACUUUCUGACUUCGACUUUGCAACACAUCUUCGCUCAAGGUUUAUUGUGUUGGCGGAAAGAGAGACGAGACAGAAGAAAAAAAAGUUAAACAAAUAUGAAAUAAAUAAUAAGGUUUUCGGUAAUUCCGAACAAUUCCGUGAUAAAUUUAGUAAACACCAAUGGUUAAAUAGAUAAGGUCGAAUUUCGUUACCAAACAGCAAAAAUCGGUACACAGUUAAAUACAGUUUGGUGAGAGCAAUUGAGUGGUUAACAUCAGUGUUGAGUUAUUGGUUGCGUUGAUGAAAGAAGACGAAAAAAAAAGUUUUGAAAAUCGACGGAAUAAGAAAUAAAAAUAGACGUUAAUGUAUCAAUUACUUUCAAUUGUGAUUGGGUUUGUGAUAAUAUCACAAAUACGUGGUGACAUAUGUGAUUUUUGUAAUUGUACUCCAAAUGUCUGUGAUCCAACAAAAAAUAGCUCGGAUAUGGCAUGUGUCAUCCCAGAAGAAUUCUUUGCAUGCAAUAAAAAUAGAGAUGAUCAAGCGAUUGAUUUGUAUAGUAUCCGAUGGCCGAACAGAAAUAUUACGGUUUCCGUGAAAUUUAACGAUUUCAAAUUAACCUAUUUGAAUAAUCUGUUGUGUAGUACACUAAAACCAUCCAUCACACCAACUUUAGUGGAAAUUAAUUUAGAAAAGAAUGUCAUUGAGCAUAUAACGGGCAAUCCAUUUCAAUACUGUAACAAUUUGACAUCAAUUUCGAUUGCGAAUAAUCUUAUUGAUGGUCUGCCAUCAGAAUUAUUUGAAUCGACGCAUUUGCUGCAACGUCUGAAUAUUUCGCACAAUAAAUUAUCUGAAUUCGAUGGAGUCAUUUUAUCGCGAUGUAAGCAUAUUAUUGAGUUGGACUUGAGUCAUAACGAGAUAACGAUAUUGAAAGUGAACGAGAUAUUGGAUGCUUCGCCGCGCAUUCAGAAAUUGUAUGCCGAGAAUAAUGCAUUGUUUUCGAUUACUGAUAGCAAUCAAAAUAAAUAUUUAGAAUUGAAAAGCUUGUACUUAUCAAGCAACAAAAUGAUGUUGAUAACCAGUAAUACUUUUGCAUCGUAUCCUUUACUUAAUUAUAUAAAUGUUUCAUCGAAUAUUUUGGGAAACAUUGAACCCAAUGCUUUCCAAGAACUUGACGAAUUACGAACUUUGGAUUUAUCUUCAAAUAAUUUAAAAGAUGUUUUGUUGAAAUUGCCCGAUAGCAUUGAACACAUUUCGCUGGCAAAAAAUCAAUUAAAAUACUGGCCCAUGGCAAUACAUCCAAAAAAUCUACAAAAAUUAGAACUACAAGAGAAUGAACUAAUUGAAAUUUUCAAUACUGCGACGGCGAGUAAAAAUAGAAUCAAAUUUUUAUCACUUAAAUAUUUCAACGUUUCGAAAAAUCAUAUCAAUUCAUUGCCAUCGUCACUUCACUACCCAGCCCUGGAGGUAUUUGACGCAUCUUAUAAUUCGUUCGAGAGCAUUCCACAAUAUUUGGGCUCUCAAAUUCCAAAUUUGAAAGAAUUGAGAUUCAGGGGAAAUGCAAUUAAAACAAUCGAAUUCACCACCAAAUUAUCGGCAGAUAUUAUUGAUUUGAGCGAACUACCCACACUCACCGAAUUCGAUGCAAAUGUGUUUAACUCCAUUGCACCAAAGUCCGAUUGUGUUCAGUUAAUAAUAUCGCAUAGUCCGUUGCUGCGAAAAAUUCGGAAUUCAUUUGAAAGAGUACCAAAAUUGUGUGGCUUGGACUUGAGUUAUAAUAAUCUGAAAUUUAUUGAUCACAACUGGAUGAAUUGGUCCGCAUUAGAUCAUGGGGCGAACUUACAGGGGAAUCCAAUUGAAUGCAAUUGUAAUAUGCAGUGGCUGGUGGACUUCUUUGUACCAUUGCUUUAUGUAAAUCAAGAGAAUCAUCACUACCUGUACGAGCUUCGUUGUUCAUCACCCGCGAGAUUCUCUCAUCAUCGCUUGGUAUCAUUUCUCAAUCAUUCUGAACCGUUUUGCAAACCAGACAAGACGAUAUAUGAACGGUCAAGGUUCUACAGUCAUCUUUAUUCAGAGCAAGUGGACGAGUAUGAAUUGCUGUGGUAUAAAGGUUUCGGAUUGUGGUUAAUUGUUGCGUUAAAUGUUAUCAUUAUUUCGUCAUCGGUCGCUAUUCUAUUCAUUUUAAUUAGGCGCUGGAAACGACAUCGUACAAAUAUUCGAAACAAUCGAAGAUUUCAAAACGGAGGAGUUCUUUAAGUUUAAGCUAAUCUUAAUAAAAUAAAUUUACGAGACAUUUUUGUAAAUAAGCGCUCAAUAUUUAAUCUCAUUUUUAGUGUUUUCGUGGGAAUGAAAUCAGUAUUCAAUUUGUUAAAUCUUUUUUUAAGAUCUUCUUAGUUCUAUCGAGGAAUUUAUUUUUCUUUCGAAUAAUUUGUUGGCCAAUUUGUGUAAUAGAGAGUCUGCAAAUCGCUGAAUCGAUUAUAGCCCAAACUACUUCCGGAACACUCGUGUGCUUUCAUAGUCAUAGUUAUCUCAUAACGUGAUUUAAUGCAGAGUUGUAUGUGAUCGUUGCAUAACUUCGCUGCUUGUGCUAACAUUACUAAUGCUACUGGCUCUGCUGCUGCUUGUGACUGGAUUUGGUUGUGUUGAAGUGUUUCGGGCAUUUGACGACAUCAUAUUUUCGACGCGAGAAGUCGUUUCACGUAAUGCACCCGAAAAAUCAAGGUCAGGCAAUUCUAAUGUUGUUUGAAUAUGUGCUGAAAAAAUAAAAAUAAAAUUACAUGAAUUUUGAAAAAUGUGUCAUACGAACUUAUAUAAUAAUAAUUAUUAUUUAAUAAACGUCUCAAAUUAA